AUGCCCACCGGCAGCUUGACAACCGAGAUAGACAUUGAUGCGCCGCCCGAGGCGGUGUGGUCUGUGCUCGCCGACACGGCCAGCUACCCGGACUGGAACCCCUUCAUCCUGUACUUUGAGGGAGAGCUGAAGGCCGGCGGCAAGAUGAAGAUGACAGCCAAGCCGCCGGGCAAGAGCGGCGGCACAUUCACGCCCACCCUCCUGGCAGGUGAGCGCGGCGCCACGCUGCGCUGGCGCGGCAGCCUGCCCAUCCCCGGCCUCUUCACGGGGGAGCACUACUUCCUCCUGACCUCCCCCGCCGCCGGCAAGACCCACCUGGUGCACGGCGAGAACUUCACGGGGCUUCUGAUCCCGCUGCUGGGAGGCCUCCUCAAAGCGACCGAGACGGGGUUCAACGACAUGAACAAGGCGCUGAAAGAGCGGGUUGAACGAGCCUGA